AAUGCGUUCAGAGAAACCAUUCGGAAAAAAACUUAUUGACAUCAUGCGGAAUGCAGCGCUUGUUUGUUUGUAUCGGCGCACGCAGCACACGUUCGGAAAUUUCCAUUCAGAAAUCAGAACCGUGCCCGCGCCGUGUACUACGGACGUAUUUCGGCAUCUGUUAUAAACUGUAGCACGAUAGUUAUGAGUGAGGCAGAAUCAUUAAUAUUGGCUGUUGAAAAACAUCCCUGCUUGUGGGAUAUUCAUCAUAAGGACUACCACAAUAGAGACGUAAAAUAUUUAGCCUGGGAGCAGGUAUCUAAAGACGUUAUAAAGGAUUGGGACACGUGCAGUAUAAUUGACAAAGAAAACAAGGGUGCUGAUUUAAAGAAAAAAUGGACACACAUAAGGGACUAUUUUCGAAGAGACUUUAAAAAAAAUCAAAGUGCUCCUACCGGCAGUGCCGCUAAAAAAGUUAAAAAAUAUGUUUAUGCUAACCUGUUACAUUUUCUUAUACCGGUUUUCGACAAAAGAAAUACCGAAGCAAAAUAUCCGAUCAGCGAUGAUGAUAAUAAUCAUUCACACAGUUGGGAAUCCGAAACUGAGGAAGAAGAAGGAGUUGAAGAUGUGAAUGACCAUAAAUACACAAUCAUCAAACCUCCAUCACCUGUCAUGCAACCAUGCACCGUGCAAUCUCCAUCAACACUUCUAAACAAAGACGAUAUCUCUACUCAAAUACUUAGUAUCCUACAACAGAAAGCUAAUCAAAAACAACUUGAAGUAGAAGAUGAUGACACAAAAUUUUUAUUGAGCUUUAGAACACACAUGAAACAAAUGAAAGAAAAUCAAAAAAUUGAAUUUAAAUUGGGUAUGCUGCAGUUGUUAAAAAAAAUAAAUAAUGAGUACUCUUCAUCUUCUCUACUAAAUUAGGUAUGAUAACUUCAGUGACCACUCAGUAACACCAGCGUCAAGCCGUGACAUCCAAGACACAAGCCGUUCAUAUUUUCAUAUAUUCCUAUACAAAUAAGUUCACCUAAUUUAAAACGGAAAACUCCAUCCCCAUUACCAACCUUAAAUUUUUUCUGUUUGACGGUCUCCGUGGCACAGUGGUGUGCGCGGUGGAUCUACAAGACGGAGGUCCUGGGUUCUUGGUUCGAUCCCCGGCUGGGCCGAUUGAGGUUUUCUUAAUUGGUCCAGGUCUGGAUCUUGGGAGGCUUCGGCCGUGGCUAGUACCGACAAAGACGUACCGCCAAGCGAUUUAGCGUUCCGGUAUGAUAUCGUCUAGAAACCGAAAGGGGGUGUGAUUCUUACGUAUCCAAAGAUAAUCUUAUUCAGGUAAUUUGCUUCAAUAAUUCAGCACGUAUACCACUAAGAAGUUCAUGAAAAGAGUUUAUAGACAUUCUGUAGAAAUUAAAGAAUCUUUUCCUGGGUAUGCUCGUAACUUUGUUCUCUUAAGAUAAAAUGGACUCAUAUAGAUUCUCCGAGUAAACAAUGGAUGUAGCCAAUACCGACGACGUUUCUUUCUCAUUGUUAACAGAAAUGCAAUUGCUAUUAAUUCAUCGCCCUCCGUCUUCGUGCGCUUACAAUGCUAUUGUAGCGUAAUUCAUAUAAAUAUUAUCAUAUUAUUAUUUUAGCUUAUCUAUAGCAUUAGCAUAGCAUAGCAUUAGCAUUUAGUUCGUAGAUUAUCUAUAAGUUUACCGUACGUACCAAAUUGUAAAUCCACAUGUGGCUUGCACAUGUCGAUACUAACAACUCAAGAACACAUUACUAACCCAAUGUAUUUAGUCAUAUUAAACCAGUUGAACAGUAAACGGUGAUCGAUAAACACGCUUUUCUUUGCCUCCUUACGUUCUAACCACACGCGGCAAACUAUCACUAUUCGUACUGACAAUAAACAUUCCGAACAUUCCGAAUGAAGAAAAACGUAAAGUCUGCGGUAGUCUCACGGAAUUCCAAAUCAAAUUACGCAUUAAGAAACCGAGUGUAUGCAGCCAGUGAGUCGCUUUUUAGUAUAGUGAAAACAUUUUUGUGAUUUUUAUUUAUUUAUUCUAUUAUUUUGCAAAGAAAAAAAUACUGCAUAAAUAAAAUAAAUAAAUAAUUAUGAUUGCGUUGGUUAAAAAUUCUAUGCUUUCGCGGCAAUCCCCGAGUGCCACACAUAUUUCUUUUUAUUAUACUCUUAUAUAUUCGCUCUGGAUAGUGCUAUUUCAAAUUUAGAAUUAUGAUGUUAAGUAAGUAAAUAUACUUCUCAUUAAAUAUGCCAAGGUACAAUUAAGAAUUAACACACACGUAAAUUAUAAAAAUUAUGAAAUCUGUAUACAUUACCAAUAGGAAAUGCCCAGCGCCUUGGUGGGCACUCCCGUGCCCCCAGAUUUAUACAUAUACCGGCCGCAUACAAUCGUUAUUUCGAUUUGGAAUUCCGUGGGACUACCGCAGACUUUACGUUUUUUCUAUAUUAUCGCAAGGGCUCGCAUUCGUCACGUACGCGCGGAAUUUAUUCGUUGCGUGCGUCAGUUAAUGUAUUAUAAAUAGAUUCAGCAUAGGUGGAUUCGGAAAAAUACUAAUAAAUGUAUGUAUGUGGUCGGCCUUAAAUUCCUAUCAUAGAGGUAUUUCCCAGUACCCAGUAUUUCCUGUCUACCUUUCUCGCUCUAACAAACAGUUUUUUAAUAAUUAUCCUUAAAUUGGAUACGUAAAUACUUUAUAUUAUAUUUAACUAUAAGCUCCAUCGCCGAUAUAUACAUCUAUGAUUAAAUGCUAUUUAAACAAAAAUCGAGUUACAGCUAUGCAAAGAAUUGAAUACUCCAAGGAGCUGUAAACAUCUAUUAAUUUAAAAAAAUAACUGUCAAAUAAAAUAGACUUUGACAAUUGACUUGACAGUUGACGUUGACACUUGAGUCUUGAGUCUUGACUAUUGACACAAAAAUAUUUCUUUGUGAAAAUAAAAUAGCAGAAAUUAUAUCAACAAAAUUCAAAUCAUAACUUGGUUAAACUAUAAGUUUCGAGGUUUGAUAAACUAUUAGAAAUAUCAAGGAAUUAAACCAUUUAGAUGGUCAUGAAUCAAACUAACAUCGUUUCACUGUUACGUUAACUAAAAUAUCUAAAAAUGAUUGAUAUAAAAAACAAAGUGAAUUCUUUUUUCAUAUUUAACUCUACGUUCGG